AUGAGCGGGGUGCUGUCAGGGGUAACCACAUCUGUCAACCGUUCUUGGCCAAUAAAGAGCGGAGCGAGGCGGACCACAGGUGCGCGCCUCUGCGUCCCCUUGGCACAGCGCCCGGGAGAUGCUGGAGAGAGACGCCGAGCUGCCCCGUGGCGCAAAAGAGUUACUGUCAAAGGCAGCCUCCUUUUAACUCCAGCUAUCACUCUGGCUGCGAUAGUUAUGGCGACCGCAACAUCCAACCACUACAGCGUCCUCACCACCCCCAGCAGCGCGCCGCCGCCGCACUCGGAGUCCGGGAGCAUGCAGCAGGCGGCAGCAUACAGGGACGCGCAUACCCUGCUCCAGAACGACUAUAGCACGUUACCAGGCGGUGGACAUCCGCUCAGCCACGCGCACCAGUGGAUAACGGCGCUGUCUCACGGUGACAGCGGGGCGCCCUGGCCAUCUAGUCCCCUCGGAGAACAAGACGUGAAGCCCGUGCUGCACGACAGUGACCGAGAGGAGCUGCAGAACUCCAGCAGUCUGCAGCAGCAGCAGCAGCAGCAGCAGCAACAGCGACACCCUCACCUAGCGCACCAGCAGGCGCAUCACGACGCCAGAGCAUGGCGAACCAGCACAGCCACCACGCACAUCCCCGGUAUGGCGACAUCUGAGGGCCAGAGCCUGGUUUACUCCCAGUCCGGCUUCGGUCUGAUGCCAGGGGGAGAGCAAGGAGGGAUGCACCACCACCCCCUGCGGGACGAGGACCACCACAGCCACAGCCCGCACCUCAGUGAACAUGGAGGCGGCCCCGGGGCCCACCAGCAGUCUCUCUCACACCACCACCAGCACGGACAUCAGGAUCACUCGGACGAGGACACACCGACCUCCGACGAGUUGGAGCAGUUUGCCAAGCAGUUCAAGCAGCGACGCAUCAAGCUGGGCUUCACCCAGGCGGACGUGGGACUGGCUCUCGGGACCCUGUACGGAAACGUCUUUUCUCAGACCACCAUUUGCAGGUUCGAGGCGCUUCAACUCAGCUUCAAAAACAUGUGUAAACUCAAGCCCUUGUUGAACAAGUGGCUGGAGGAGGCGGACUCCACCUCGGGGAGCCCCACGAGCCUGGAUAAAAUCGCGGCACAGGGACGGAAAAGAAAAAAGAGGACCUCCAUCGAGGUGGGCGUCAAAGGGGCUCUGGAGAGCCAUUUUCUCAAAUGUCCAAAACCAGGAGCAGUGGAGAUCAACUCCCUGGCGGAGAGCCUGCAGCUGGAGAAGGAGGUGGUGAGGGUUUGGUUUUGUAACAGGCGGCAGAAGGAGAAGAGGAUGACACCCGCUGGGGCACUGAUACCAGGAGGAGAGGACAUGUACGGGGACACCCCUCCUCACCACGGAGGUCAAACUCCUGUGCAGUGACCCCAGUCCGAUAUUCUGAGCAAAACACGGACCCCUUAAGGAGGAAUAAUGCCUUCUUAUUUUUUUUAUUCUCUGUGCUGGACCGCUCGGAACUGGACCUCAGCCAGUUUAAAUGUCGGACCCACGGACACACACACAGUGGGGAUAUACAGUGGCACUCAAGCACUAAAAAUAACAGAGAGCUGUAUGGAGAGGUUUCAUGCCGCGGGACUGCCGAGCAUAUUGGGAUAUGCGGCUGGUGUGUGCUAACCAAAAAAAACAAAAAAAACAGCGACAUUGAAAUGCUUUUCUAUACCUUCUACUGAGGUGCCAAUGUGUCGUUAUGUAAUGUGUCAUUAAAGAAAGGCAGACUGUGAAGUGGGCACGAGGUGUCCGCGGGGAGGGGGGGGGGGGGGGAUAUAAAAACAAGCUUCGGGCUGGAUGAUAAGUCGCAGUCAGUGUGGGUAAAUAAACGCCAUCUUUCCAUCAUAACAAAAGCAACAGGGGUUCUUCGCAGCUCGUGUCAAGAGAGGGCUGAAAUGGCAGACACCUGCUGUACAAUGUUCAAAAUCCAAGCCAAUACCAGCCAACUGCUUUUCUAUUAUUAUUAUUAUUAUUAUCAUUAUUAUUAUUAUUAUUAUUAUUAUUAUUAUUAUUAUUAUUAUUAUUAUUAUUAUGGUUAUUGUUAUUAUUAUUAUUAUGAUGAUGAUGAUGAUACAAUUCUGAUGAUACAUCGACAUUUAAUGUGAUGUAUUAAUAGUAGUGUCAGCUGCAUAAUAAUAAUUUAUUUACAUUUUAAUGUUCCUCCCUUGCUUUAAAAAGUCGUGCUUUUAGACAAUAAUGAUGAUGAUAAUAAUAACAAUAAUAAUAAUAAUGUUAUCAUAGAGACUGAGCAUUGGUUCACUUUAAUGCUUUUUCUUUCUGUGCAGACAUUCUGUGCGCCUGUUUACAGUGUGUUUUUGCUGUUCGUUAUUUCUGUACUUUUCCAAAAUGCUGUGAAGAGAAAGACCGAGACUGUCCGGCUGGAACACUCAAAGCAAUCCAGCUCAUUUUGCCUUCCUUUUACUAAGAAGAAGAACAAAACUGAAUAUAUCCUGGUACCAGCUCUGGCCGCAGUGGCUAUACUACUACUACUGUGUGACUCACUCAUCCUCUGAGAAGACUAUUUGUGGGAUGUAUCUCCAAUUGUUUUGGUUUUUUUGUAUGGCUUUGUUCGUUUGUUUGUUUGUUUGUUUGCUCAGUUUUUCUCUGUCAGUCUGUGCCAAAGCACAAACACAGACACGUGUUCUUGUGCCACUUAAAUCCUGUGAUUAAUAACCUGGUCUGAUUGUGGGAGGUUAUUGAGGGAUGAAUUCUCUCUCUAAAAUCUUAAGAAAAUACAGAAAUUCAGAAACUCAAAUCCGACUGAAGGAUGUAAAUGACUGGGGAGAAAAUGUAAUAUUUUAAUAACUCAUAAUGUGAAUUUUAGACAAAUUCCAUGAGUCGUUUUGUAUUUCAAAACUUUCUGAAUGUAUUAUGCCCAGUUUACAAUGUCAGAGUCCCUCUUUUAAUUAUGUCAUCGCUGAAAAUAUUUAAAUUAAGCAUAGCAAUAUUUUACGCAUUUACACCCACCAGGGCAUUUUCCUUAUAAAAGGGUAUAUACAUAAUAAUCUGUCCUUAAUUUAAAUAAUACACACUAUUUCAGUAAUCUAAAAACCCUUAUUAUAAUUCUGACUUCAUACCAUGUAAUCCUUCAGCUGAAUUUGAGCUUCUGAGGUAAAAAAAAAAAAAUCAAAACCAAAACAAAAAUAUCAUCGACCUGAAAUCUGUGAUCAAACGAAGAGGAAAAAGAAAUCAACGAUUGCACAA